GAUUUGAUCGAGAUAAGAGAUGAUCUUACUUCAUCUUCAAAUACCAACAAGUUCUGCCGCCAGAGUGGAUUGCUAAUUGCUUUGAUUUAAUCUCCAGUUUUUGUUAUCUAAACCCCCCCAAAUUACAACCAACGCCCUCUGAAAUCCGCCAUUGCUAUCCCAUCAUCGAACACCAAGAACACACACUUACACUGAGAGUUUACGACACAAAAACGAUGGGAAAACAAGGAAUAAAGAUGGAAGACAAAUGGGGUUAUGAGGUCAACACCUCUUCCUCUUCUUGCAUCUCUUCAAUUAACUCCUACUAUCACCAGGUACUUAGCUAUGGAAGAAGAAGAGAUGUGAUAAUGGAAGCCAUCGAUCAUGAUCCUAAUUGUGUAUUAGCAAACAUUUUGGCUGCCCAUUUUUGCUGUUCUUCUAACCCUUCUCGAGCUCCUUCCCUUCUUCACGCUGCCAAGUCUAAUCUCGACUCUGCAACUCCUUAUGAAAUAGCAGUUUUAGAAACAAUUGAUUGUUUGAUUUCACCCAAUAGGGAUGAUGAUGUUGCUUUUGAGUUGCACUCCAAGCUAUUGAAUGAUUUCCCUAAAGAUUUGGUGUCUUUGAAGAGAGGUCAAGUUCUCUGUUUUUACAUGGGUCGACCCGAUCUAUCUUUGCAACUCAUUGAACAGGUACUUCUGGCAAAUAAUCAAGAAAAUUUCGUAUAUGGAAUGCUUGCAUUUCCUCUAUUAGAGCUUGGGCGAAUGGAGGAUGCUGAGAAAGCCGCCAAAAAAGGAUUUGAGAUCAACAAGGAAGAUCCGUGGUCGCAACAUGCUUUGUGCCAUGUAUUCCAAUACGAGUGUCGAUUUAAGGAAGCCGUGGAAUUCAUGACAGAAUGCUCGAAAUCUUGGGAUCCUUUAUCAUCGUUCAUGAACACUCACAAUUGGUGGCACGUCGCUCUUUGUUCCUUGGAAGGUAACGCUCCCCUUGAUAAAGUCCGAGAUAUUUAUGACAACCAUAUUUGGAAAGAGUUGGAGAGAAGUGAUGCUACACCUGUGGAGGUAUACUUGAAUGCAGUUGGCUUGUUAUUGCGGGUUCAUGUAAGAGGCAAAAUCCGUUUCUUUGAGGACCAUUUGAAGAUCUUAGCAGGUUAUCUAUCGGAUCGAGCCUUUUGGUAUCUUGAGUGGCACCUUGAUUUGCUGAUAUUAUGGGCUUUAGCGUGUACCGAGAAGUCAUCCGAGGCUCAAGAUUUACUCGAUGGCUUAAAGUCAAAGGUUUCCAAAAUGAAUCCGAAGAAGGGAAAAUUAAUGCAGAAAGGACUAAAGCUUGCAGAAGCUGCAUUCGAGUAUGGGAGAGGUGAUUUCACUCGAGCGUUAGAGUUGCUCGGUCCAGAUUUCGAUGCCGACAACUGUAAGAUGGUUGGUGCGUCUGGUGAACAACUUGAUGUCUUUAAUGAAUUUUGGUUCGUUAUGUUACUCGAUACAGGACGUGCCGACAAGGCAAUUGAAGUGAUCGAGAGGCAGUUAAAGAAGAGAGACGGAACCCCGUUUUUAUGGCGGUUGCUGGAGAGGGCUUAUUCGAUGUUGGGGAAGCAAGAAGCCGAAGCUAUAGGUGCAAAGGCGAAAGCUUUAGAGGGUGCCUACUUCUAGCGAAAGACGGGAUCCCGAAUGGCGGGGAUAAUCGAUAGAUGUACUUGUUGGUACCUUGUGUAACGUAGGUAGUACCAUUACAUUGUACUAUGUGUGCAGUGUUUUACAGAAGUUUGAAUAAGGCAGGCAAAAACGUUGAGAACGUAUGAAUAAAUGAAUCAUAUGUGAAUCAUUAGUUAAAGAAAA